AUGGGGGAAACCGGAGGCCGUCAUCUUCUAGAGGCGUUGACACUCUGCGAGGUUAUUCUUGCCCGUUAUAAGCGCUGCAGCUUUCCAGUGGACGAAACGGAGAUCACGGCAUUCCGUGCACUCAAUGAGAGGUUUCAGGAUCUUCUGCCGAAUGCAGCAGGCGAACAUGCAGCUAAUACAAGGAGGGUAAAGGGCGUGGAUGUGGCUCCAAGUUUUCCGGCGAUUGGUGCGGCGUUUCAAACGCCUACUGACUCCGUCACGAAAUUAAUGGAGAGGUGUAUUGAUUUGCGCCUGCCUAUAAAAGAUGUUUUGACGGUGCUCAACGACCAGCUCUCCGCUCUGCUCCGUGCAAGCUAUACACGCACAUAUUACCUCGACCCUGGUGAUAUGUUGCUACUGGACCCCGUCAAUGGGGUAGCAGCGCCUGUGGACGAAAGCACACCACUUGGAAAGGCUGUGUCAUCAAGCGAACGAUUUACAAUUGCUGGGACACUCUACAUUCCGCUGUGCCACGGUGGCAAGGUAAUGGGUUGUGUUGAAAGCCCCGCAGGAAGGGCCGACUACCACAGCCAGCCGCUUUUGGAGUCUGUUCUGAGGGUGGCUGCUACCGCUCUACACAACGCCAUAGAGGCGGAAACUCUAAACUGGAACAAGGAAAAGGCAGAGGCCAUGUUGAUGAUGGCGACACAGCUUGCCCGCGACAAUCUCGAUGAAGCAGUGCUCGCAAAU